CGAAGUUCUAAUUAGCGGCACUAACGAGGGCUGGACCUGCGCCCUGAACUGAAGGACCGCUCCACGACAGACAGCCACCACCACCAAUCUCUGAUGUGGGGCGCUCUUCUGUGGACCGCCAUCUGCUCAAACACUGAUUCUGCCGGCCGUCCCUGAUCCAAGCAUUUGGGUGUCGUGCAAUGCAUACUUGGGCUUGGCGCGGAUGUCCUACUUACUUACUUGUGUCGACUCUCGAGCUACAGCAGGCCAACGACAGGCACCUCCCGAUCGCUGACAUGUCUCCUGCACCUGAUAGGCGCCACGACAUACAUACGCUCUCUGUUAGACACCCAGUGCAUAUAAGAACGGUCCCUGGACCCGGACAGAAGGCAGGAAGAAACGUGUCUGCAUGUUUCACACUUAGUAAUGCAAGCAAGAACCGUGUAAGUACAACGGCCUGUUUAGCUUCGCCCGACGCCGGACACUGCAUGUGCCUGAAUCACAGUCCGUGUGACUCAGACUCAGCCUGCUACUCCGGGGCAAGCGCCAGAUGCGACAUCGCCAACUCUCACCGCACCCCGUAACGCCGAAGCACCGACUUAAGCAUGCUGCUUGCGUGAAUCGUACGAGUUUCGGGCCAUUCUUAGUUUUGUCGCUCCGAGCCCGAUGCCUGGAAAUAAGGUCAGCAGGAAUGCUUGGAGCGAACGCAUCGCUGUUGUGAUGUCUCUGAUCAUCCCACUCGGCAGGCCCCGCUGAGUCCAGUCCAAUCGGUUGGCCCUGGAAGCAAUCCAUUGCACUUCCCGAUACUCCUCGACAUUCCAAUCUCGACGACGCAAGGUAUCGGGAUCUCGUGACCUGGUGAUCAUAACUAUAUGAAAGCUCGCCUCAACUUCCCCGGCCCCUUCAUAUCUUUCCUUGUCACCUCAUCGCUGUGCAUGUCGUCCGCUGCCUUUCUUGGUCCUGUGACUACCAUGCUACGAGCACGUUCGAGUCCGGGUCUCAGGCUGUCGUCUGCAUCGUCAAAAAAGUUAUCCGCAUCAUCUAUCAGGCCCGUGGCCGGAUCGUCACUUGCGCUUUGGAGAUCAUCGGAUUCGAGAGGAGGAUCUCUGGAACGUGCAGUGUUCGGGUUGCGACUGGCGAUCCGGAUCUCCGAGGGCCACGCAAUCCGGCUCGUUCUGAGCGAUUUCGUCCACACUCCCACACGAUCUUCGGAUGGCUCUCCUCCCAGAAAAUCCCGGGGAUCGUCGUGGGUGUGAUCCGACCACGAACUGGCUUGUUCGGUGUCGUCGUCGUCGUCGUCUGAGUGUGACGGUGGCUCUUGCGGAUCCUCAUCGGAACCCACGGCUCGGGCACGGUUGAAUGCUGCAACCCUCUGCAUCAGCAGAGCUUUGACUGUGGAAGAGGGACGCGUGAGCGCAGCACACGAUGCGCUGAUGAGUGGCUCACUUGUCGUGACAUCAUACCAGACCUCGUCGUGAGGCUCUCCGAUGUCAGAGUAGAGGGAGUUCGUGUCCGAAUCUGAGAGGGCAUCGUAUUUGACAGACAUUUGGUAGCGUUCGUAGAUCAUAAUUGGCUGGGGUGAUUCCACCGAGUAGGAAACAAGAGCGCCUUAUAAGGGGAAUGUUCAACAAUGCGCCUUGAGGAUACCACGCUGCAGCAGCAUUGUCCUUUCUUCCUAUGUCGGCAGUCUGAAACCACAAGGCACUGUUGCCAUGGCGGCCAGCACGAAGCAAAACCGUUUGUUGAAAAGUACAAAGGACCUCUGACAUGUGUGGGUGCAGUGCGGGGUGUCACACAAACCGACUUCCUGCCGUUGAUCCAGGUCCUGAUCCGAACGCAGCCGAAGGCAGCUGUUUCUCAAGUCCGAUUGAUCAGAAGACGAGAUGAGGUCGACUAAAUCCCUUGAAAACGGGAUAUGUAUGGCUUCUGGUGGUAUUCGUCAAUUACAUAUGUGAAUAAACAUGACUCAGUUGUCCUACAACUUGAGAUUAUGGUCGGUUCCAAGUCGUCCUUUGCGCGCGAUCCUCGACUCUGAGCCUCGUUCUGGACCUUUCUCCCCGCUCAUCUCUCUGGGUCCCGACUCCUCAAGAUAGCUCCUCGGAAGUCCGUCCGGGUAGCUGUCUGUCUCACGUGAUGGAACCUGAAUUUCACCCUGCCCACUCAAAACCGCUCUGACCACGGACGUAUAGCUGAGACAACGGUUGUCCCUACAAACAGCGAUCCCGGCCCCCAAAACCAAGACGUUGCCUGGCCCCAGACAGGUCAAUCCCGCCGCCCAUGAGCCACUUCCUCACCAAUCUCCACUUCACAUUCGCCUCCCUCAUCCACGACCAGCUCUUCGCCGGCCUCCGCACCCCGCAGAUCCCGCUCACCGGGCGCACGUACCUCCUCACGGGUGCCGCGUCCCCGCUCGUCGUCGCUGCCGCCGUGCACCUCGCGCGCCUCAAGCCUGCGCGCAUUGUCUUGGGCCACCCCGCCUCUGCCCUCGCCUCCGCCUCCGCAACCGAGGCCGAGACGCACGAGCGGCUGGCGUCACGGAUAAGGAGGGAGGCGGGGGACGGCUUCACGGGCGAGCUCGACGUGUGGGCGCUCGACAUGGCCGACUACGAUAGUGUGCUGCGGUUCGCGGAGCGCGCGCGCGCUACUUUACUGCGCCUGGAUGGGGUCAUACUCGGGGAAGACUGCUGGUACGAUGUGGCGCGGGAAUGGCGGACGACGCAGCAUGGCUGGGAACGUAUGCUGCAAAUAAAUGUCGUCUCCACCGCGCUCCUGGACCCGUUCUACGUCGCUUUUAGAGCUGACAAUGCGCCGAGGAUACUCGACGCCCUCAACGAAUCUUCAACGCAUAUAGACCGAUACGGCAUGACCAAAUUGGUGCUUCUUAUGCUCGCGCGCCAGAUGGGACAGUUGCCCAUCGCCCACAAAGUCGUCAUCAAUUGUGCCAAUCCCGGGAUUGUGAGGACACAGAAGAGCCGCCUAUGCGUGAGCUGCACAAAUCUCCUCGCCUGGUCGCCCGAGGACGGCGCGACGAACCUCGUCUACGCCGUUCUGAAGCCGACGCCCCCGGGAGCAUAUCUCGCCGCCUGUCAAAUCCGCGACCCCCCGAUGUGGGUCAGCAGUCUGGACGGCCAACAGGCACAGCAGCGCGUCUGGUGGGAGCUGCUCGACGUCUGGAUGCGGAUCACACCGGAAGCGUUGGGGGUCGUCGGAUUCGGCCUCAAGGGCGUACAAUCUUGAUUUUAAUUGUCGAUUCCAGCCGCUACAAUGAUCCUGCUUUGACCAUGCCGCGGAUGACGUCUACGAUAUGCUGCACUGUGCUGCCAAUCAUGCCGUCCAACUCAGCAACACUUGGUUUCGGUUGGUCGUCGGAAAUGCCUGGGACUGCAUGCGGCCGGUCAGCGGAGGGCUAUGCCGAGUGACAUUUCGAAGGCUCACUUCCGUUUGUGAACACCAAGAGGCCAUCUGGAAGUAGAUCUGCCCGUCGUGAGAGGCUAAUCGUGGCACGAAAGAGCAUAUUGCUCACGAUCGCUGGGCGAUAUGCUAUGAUCUCUUCUCUGACAGGCUCGGACAAGGCGCCGAUUAUCACCUCUCUGACCACCUGCACGAAGUUUCUAAGCAUAAGCACAAUGCGCGUAAUGCAGCGCCGAACGCACCCUGUCUCCGUCGUCAACGACGACUUUGCUGGACGUAAUCAUCGGGAGAAAGGCCUGUCGAGUCCGGCUCUAACAAACAUGCCGGUCACAUCUGCCCUGCCCAGGCAAUGUCCCAGGAGCAUUAACACGGCGAGUAGCGGCUGUCGAGUGUGGCAUUGAAGGAUGCUACAACGAUUGUGCCAACAGGAGGAGGAGGCCUUAUAUCCAUGAAAGAUUGAGGAUGACCAAGCCAGCAUGUCAGAUGGCAGCCAGACGGGCGUUCCGCUGGCCAUUGGAUUUGAGGUGGAGCGCAUGCAUUUGAAAUGCGCUGGGAUAGUGAUUCGGGGUUCGCGGAGUCAGCUCGAGGGCCUCAUCCUACCGAGAUCGAUAGGAGAGCGGGCACGAUUCAAAUGGGAGGACUCUUCGUGAUAGAAACAUGAUGACCCGGAGGAUUUACAAACCAUAGGAAGAAUUGAAGACCCAUUGGUCUGAUAGUAGAAAGCCUUCAAGUAGUUGGACUGCAGAAUCUGUUCGUUGUGAGGAGAAGUGACAAAAUGCCGACGGAAGCAUGAAACAGCCAAGCAAACUAGGAGAUUCCUUUCCUUGCUCGACUUGAUAACCUUGAUACAUCAAGUCAGCUGAGGAGAAUGGCGGAACCCUCGUUCAUCGCAGCCUCUGAACAGAAAGGCUAGACACAUCAAAGAGCAUCCGGGUAAAGACGGCAGCAGAUCCGCUGAGACUUUGCAUCUGCAGUCAAGAACCCAGGGCCGUCUCUUGCGCUCAAGAGCGUGAUCGAUACAGUGUUGCCCCGUAAUAGGUUAGGCCACAGGAACGAUGAAGCACAAGUGGAGCGAUAGGGCAUGAGUAGGUCCAAGACGAGUCCAAGAAUCCCAAAAAGUGCGCCAGAGACAACUGUUGCACGCCGAGUGACGCACACCAUGACCAUGACUAUGAGUCUGGCGCUCGCGCUUUCGCUGCGGCCCGGCCGGAGACUUCAGCCAAUGAGGCUUACAUAUUCGACUUGCAUCGACCGAUGACCGAUCUCUCUAGAUCUCUCUUCACGGACAAGACGAGCGCUGAUCCGUGAAGAAAGUGCGGGUCAUAGGUU